CAAGAACAACAAGUGCAGCAAACGGAAAAUGCACAACUUUUGUUUAUUAUUACUUAAAAUUAAUUGUUAAAUAAAUCUGUAAUCAUGCCGAUAAUGUACAAUACGGGUGAGUGGUUCAAUGUACAGCCGGACUACUACAGAAAAGUCGAGCUAGCAACACCAGACUGGCCAAUCGAUUUGGACUUAGAGUACAUGCAAGUUGUGGCUGCCCCGUAUGGAGGUCCUUUGGCUGCAAUACGCGAUGCUACCAAAUUGGUGCCCGUCAAAGGUACUUCCAGGCCGAUGAUUAGGAUUUUUGAUACCGCCGGCAAUGAGAUGGGUCACAUAUCAUGGAGCCAUGGAAAGCUCAUCUCAAUGGGCUGGUCCGACACCGAAGAGCUUAUAUGCGUGCUGGAAAAUGCCAAGGUCAUUGUCUACGAUAUGUUUGGCAACGAAAAGGAAUCGUAUAGCAUUGGCGGCGAGGCAAGCGUCAUUAAGAUUGUAGAGGCUAAGGUCUUUCAGUCCGCAGCAGGCACUGGGGUGGCCGUUAUGACAACUUCCGGUCGCAUCUUCCUCAAGCAGAACAGCAGCAAAUCGGAACGAAAGCUGCCUGAUAUACCAAAUUCCAAUACGAAUUGCUCAUGCUGGGAGAUUGUGACCGAGGGUCGCAAUAGCUACUGUCUGCUGGGUCGCGACCGCGAGGUCAUCAAACUUUUACAUGGCCAGACCGUGGGCACCGUAAUUGCCAAUUUGUUUGAGAAACCACACGAUCGUAUCAUAAAGAUAUCCGUUUCGUAUAACCAUCAGCACCUGGCGCUGUACACUAACACGGGCCUGCUCUGGCUGGGCAGUGUCGAUAUGCGGCAGAAGUACUGCGAGUUUGAUACGGGCCGCAAGGAUAUGCCAUUGCAAAUUGAAUGGAUUAUGAAUACCCACAACGCCGACGCAGAUGCUGUCGUUAUUUCCUAUCCCUCAUAUCUGCUGAUUGUCAAUCGCAAUGCGGACAGAAGUGAAUUUCCCUAUGAUCCCGUCAUGUUUCUGGUCGCCGAAAUGGAUGGUGUGCGUAUUAUUACCCAAAGCUCACAUGAAAUGAUUCAACGUUUACCGAAAUGUGUGGAGAACAUCUUUGCUGUUAAUAGCCAACUGCCGGCCAGUUAUUUAUUCGAGGCACAGAAGAAAUUUGAGGAAAAAUCCUACAAAUCCGACCAGUAUCUGAGCCUGUGCCGAUCAAACAUUGAGUUAGCUGUCAACGAGUGCAUCGAAGCUGCAGCAUAUGAGUUCUGUCCCGAAACGCAGAAGAGCCUCAUGAAAGCAGCUUACUUUGGCAAGGCAUUCAUACCGUCUCAUAAUCCGGAAGAGUAUAUGCGCAUCUUAAGAAUAUUGAGAGUUUUAAAUACGCUGCGCCACGAGAAAAUCGCCAUGCCUCUUACUUAUAUACAGUUCUCCCAUCUUAACCCCGAUGUCAUUUUGAGUCGUCUAGUCUUUCGCAAGCACUAUGCUGUGGCCAUACAAGUGGCUAAGCAUCUGAAGUUGCCCGAAUCUUGGAUAUUAGAACAUUGGGCCUAUCAUAAAGUUAUGCAUGAUCAGAAUGACAAUGAGGUGGCACGCAAGAUCACGGAGAAAUUCAAGAAUCCCUCUAUUGAGGGAAUUUCCUUUUGCAAUAUAGCGGAGAAGGCGCAUCAAAGUGGACGCGAUGAACUGGCUAUUAAGCUGCUUGAGUUGGAGCCUCGCGCUUCAUUGCAGGUUCCACUGCUGCUUAAGAUGGGCAAAUUUGAGCGUGCUGUGGCCAGUGCUACACAAUCUGGCGAUACGGAGCUGGUCACUUCCGUGCUGCUCGAAAUCAAGAAGAAAAUGAUGCUGUCUAAUUUUCAUAUGAUAAUUAGAGAAUAUCCCUUGGCUUUAAAUAUGUACAAGAACAUUAUGAUGCAGUCCAGUCGCACCGCACUCUACGAUAUCUACAACACUGAGGACGAUUACAAGUCCAUUGCCGAGUAUCAUUUUAAAAAUGCCAUUGAAAGCGAAGAUCUCGAAUCGAAUCUGUCGAUUAUUGGCAACAGCUACGCACAGGGCAGAUGCACCGUGGAGGCAAAACUUUGCGACGACACUUCGCGCAUGCUGAAGCUUCAGAAGACGUUGUUUAACAAGCAUAAUGGUGCCGUCGCUUUGAACGGACUGUCAAUACAUGACACAAUGUUGCAGCUGCUGCAUGUGGGCGAGCUGAAGGAGGCGGAGAAAAUCAAGAGCGAAUUCAAUGUACCCGAUCGCAGGUUCUGGUGGUUGCGCAUACUCUCUCUGGCCGAGAAGUUUAACUGGGUGGAGCUUGAAAAUUUCUCGAAGAGGAAGAAGAGUCCCAUUGGAUAUGAGCCCUUUGUCGAGGUUUGUCUGCAGCAGGAAAAUACGCGAGAGGCGCGAAAAUAUAUUUUACGUUGCCCGGACAAGCGCAAGGUGUACUGGUACAUGCGAGCUAGCUUGUACGAGGAGGCCAUCGAUUGCGCUUUUGAGCAACGGGAUUUGCAUAGCUUGUAUGAGCUACAGACAAAGAUGCAGCUGCUUAGAGAUCAGGCGCUGCUCGAAAAGAUUUGUAAUUUCAUAGCCAUUCUUCAGGCAAGACGUUGAACUAAACAUUCCAUCAAUAAUAUAUGUCUAUUUAUUAUAUCAAUUAUUAUUGUUCCAUUAAAUUUUGUGUGUGGCAAACUUCAGACUACGCUAAUGCUGAAGAACAUAUGAUAACAUAUUCAAA